CUUCUUUAUAUUCUCGAUACGAAACGGCUGAGAAACUUGACCGGACAAAACAGCUGAGAAAAAGCGAAGCCGAAGUCGUUAUUCGAUCUACGAAACGACGUCGUUAGUAGAAACUGAUCCCCGCUUCACGGCAGUUAUACAUAGAGCCGUCCUUCACCACCAUUUUCUCUCACUAUCUCUCUUCGCUUCGCAGAGCUUCCCUGUUAUUCGCGUUUACCAAAGAAUCUCAAGAUUGAUCUUUGAAGAUGCCAAUUGAGAACUCAAACACGUCUGAUCGAGAUACUGAGCCAUUUGUGGAGGUUGAUCCAACUGGGCGGUUUGGGCGGUAUGAUGAUCUCCUUGGUCAUGGUGCUGUGAAGAAGGUUUAUAGGGCUUUUGAUCAGCAGGAAGGUACAGAGGUGGCCUGGAAUCAGGUCCGCUUGAGGACUUUCAGUGAAGAUCCAACUCUCAUGAACCGGCUUUACUCAGAGGUAAAGCUAUUGAGCACAUUGAAGAACAAGUAUAUCAUUGUUUGUUACAAUGUUUGGAAGGAUGAGGCGCACAACACUUUGAAUUUCAUCACUGAGGUGUGUACAUCUGGAAACCUAAGGCAAUACAGGAAGAAGCAUCGCCAUGUGUCUAUUAGGGCUUUGAAGAAGUGGUCAAGACAGGUGCUUGAGGGAUUGGAAUACCUCCAUACACAUGAGCCAUGCAUCAUUCACAGAGAUCUCAAUUGCAGCAACAUCUUCAUCAAUGGGAACACUGGCCAGGUGAAAAUUGGUGAUCUGGGAUUUGCAGCAAUAGUUGGUAAGAACCAUUCAGCACAUUCGAUUAUAGGGACACCUGAGUAUAUGGCACCUGAGCUAUACGAGGAGGACUACACAGAGAUGGUGGACAUAUACUCCUUUGGGAUGUGCUUGCUGGAGAUGGUGACAAUGGAGAUACCAUACAGUGAAUGUGAUUCUGUUGUCAAGAUAUACAAGAAGGUCACAGCCGGUAUUAAGCCUGAAGGCUUGAACAAGGUGACUGAUCCAGAGGUGAGGGCGUUCAUUGAGAAAUCCAUAGCCCAACCGAGGGCAAGACCUACUGCCUCUGAUCUUCUCAAGGACCCUUUCUUGUCUGAAUCCAAAUCCAAUAUUGAAGAGAUUGAACUAAUCCUCUGAUGGCUUUUCGACAUUAAUGAUCUUUUCAAGACCUCAUUUGAUGAUGAUCUAGGGGUUUGGCUCUCAUUUCUGAACCAUCACAACUGAU